AUGAAGUCACUAAAAAAUAAAGAUUGCUAUCAAUUGGAACAUCAUCGUACUAGAAAUGCGCCGCGGGGGAACGAGCUCCUGCUGCGGACAGAAGAUUGGUAUUUUACGCCGUGCACCAGGAGUGCAGGAGCUACUACCAUAUUUUUUUUGAAAAGUCUCCAAGAUAUCAGCCGUCGUGCUUGAAGUAGUACUGCAGCAAUGAGUGCUCGAAUAUUAAAACAGGUAGACGUAUUACCGCUAAACUUAAACUACACUAGAACAACAAAUUCAAAACUACAAAGCUUUCAACUACAAAUCGAUAGAUCAUGAACUACUACAAGCGAACUUGUUCUCCACUUUCACAUGAGACUCAAAUGAGCGGUAUGUAGAAUUUAGCGAAAGUCAACAUCAACAUCAGCAUCACGUUUCAGCGAACUGACAAAAAAGAGUCAAACAAUGAUAAUGAACUUGUACGAUGGCAAGGAAAUUUAGCACCACGGAUGGAGUUUAUUUCGACUCACACUCAGAAUGAACGAAAUCGAAACUACCGAUCGCGAUUUAAGGCAGUAUGGAGUAGCCGCCGCGAAAGGCAAGGGCAACUCGCUUGCAAUUCAAC